ACGCGUCCCUAAAAUUAGCUCCCGUACAGACAACCUUAUUCUACAUAAGUUGUCAAUUUCGCCAGCUUAAGCUCAUGAUGUCGCAGACCAACUGCACGGAUGCAGUGAGAGAGGCCGUCCAGGCUAAUAAGGACCACCAACACGCCUUGAAAGUAUACACCGAAAGACUCGAGGCAGAGCUCCAAACUGUCGACAAACUCCUGGAAACUGCUGAUGCUGAUCUGGACGGCGAGCCAGACAUCAAUGUUGGAGGCUGCAUCCACAUCCCAGGCUCCGUCAAGGCAUCUGGACUCUUGACACCGAGUGAAUUGCUUUCAGAGGACUCUCCGUUCUUCGAAGAGGCUGCGCGACGCAGUCGAUAUCUAAGCUUGACAGAGGUUCAUCCCAUGACCAAAAAGGAUCUUGAAACUCUGAAAGAAGCUGUGAGGACCGAAAACUAUCGCAUGCACGCUCUGGAUGCUCAACGAAGAGGCAAUCCUGUUUUUGCGAGUUUGAGUGAUCAACCAUCAAACUAUCUCGAGCUGAAUAAGGAGGGCCUUGAUUGGGAUCGCAUCGCAGAGAAGGUCUCUUCAGCAUCCAUGUAUACGCGUACAGCAAGAGAGUGUGAGAUACGCUGGCUGGGUGAUCAGCAUCCAUGUUUCAAUCAUGGUCCUUGGACACAAGAUGAAAUCACCAAACUCAAAGGAUUCGUUGCCGAAUACGGGUGUGAACAAGUGGACUGGGAGGCCCUAGUGGACAAACUCGGGACCCACCGAACGCCGCUGGACUGCAUGAUACACGGCACAACGCGAAAAAUUCAUUUGUGGACACCGGAGUCCGACGAGCGCAUGUUGGAAGCUGUUUCUACUUUCGGUCACGAUAACUGGUCUGUAGUCGCCUGUCAUGUCUCAGAAGAUGCUACUCCUAGCCAAUGUCAGAACCGCUAUCAACGCACUCUCGACCCUUCUCUGAAGCACAAAGCAUGGUCCGAUGAGGAGGACUCACUCCUACGUCUCGCAGUCCAAGCGCACGGUACUUCCUGGGUGGAUGUCGCGACCGCCAUACCAGGUCGUCAUAAUGAUCAGUGUCGUGAUAGAUGGAACGAUGUCCUUAACCCUGCAAUAACCAAAGGGAAGUGGACCAAAGAAGAAGACCAAGAUCUUUUGGCCAUAGUUCAGCAACUGGGUACUUCGAGCUGGAAGGAUAUCAGCAAUCGACUGGGCAGCGGGCGCACUGACAGCAUGGUAACAUUAAGCGCUUCUGAGGCGCAUGUCUCUGACUUUUUGCUUCAGUGUCGAAAUAGGUAUAAUAAUCUCCAACAGCCAAAAAUUUCGAAGUCAACCAAGACGCAAUCUCAGACAGCAACCUUCAGCGUAAUCGCUCAACCCUCUAUGGACGUGGUCGCAGAGUCAUCUCGAGCAGCGUCUCGAAAGAGAAAAGCAUUCACUCCUGUUGAUGAGUCCACCGACAUGAAUGAAUUCGUGCCCAUCGAGGAGUCAAGUUCUGCGCUACAGCCCAGAUCCCCAAGUAUACAUGUGACCACGCGGACCGCUGAUUCGGCUAUAAUGUUCCUUGAUCCGAUCAUCAGCGUCAAUCCUGAAACUCACAAGAAACGCACUCGAGAAGUUCUAGGGAUGUCUAAGAGCAAAAAACCGGAAAAAAUGAUGAAGUCAAAGGCAAAGGAUCCUGAUGCUAGUGCCACCGCCAAGAACACUCACAACCCAUCUAUCUCUACCAACAAGGGGGGGCGGAAGAAAAAGGCUCAUGUAGAACCCGCAUCCGAAGAAAUGCCAGUCAAGAAGGCUCCCCGUCCUAGAGCUCGACCCGUUCGCGGAAACAAGAACGCUGCGCCUGGUACCAUGGUUUUGGAUUUGGGGGCUCCUUCUGUUCCAGCGGGGAACAAUAACGGGGCUAGUGAUCAAGGUGGGCCAAGCGCUAUAAAUCCUGGAGGCCCGGGACUCGUAGUCCAGUGCUGUCAUGUCAGUGAAUUAGGCUUAAGACCGCCGUCGCCGAAUCGAAUGGGAUAAGUACUCCUGAACGCUAACGUUUCAUAACGCUUUCGUUCAAAAAUUCUUGUGAGCCUGAAAUGGUAGAUUGUGUCACAAUACACGCAUAUAAGGUACAACCGUGAAAUUGUAUGAUACGGUUCAUUCCUUGACACUCCGUGUUCG